CGACGAAGACCGUUUCGUAAAGUCGUCGUGACGAAGAUACAGCGGCGCCUCUGGAUGGAUACAGAUAGCGAAAUAUAUGUUUAACGAGUCAGUACGAGGAGAAAAAAAUUCCGGCGUGAUAAUAAGCGUCCUGGAGGAUCAGCCGGCAGUAUGUUGAUCGCGCGAUAAGCAGCGCCGAUUCGUAAAAUUUCUCACGCAUCACACGAGUGAUCGUGUCUCGGCUUUCACGGCUAACGAAAGCGUGUGAUCCAGCGUGACCUUUCCCUUCGCGAUAUCGAGAUCCGCUCCCGAACGUAGAGCGCGAGAUAAGCAUGCACCCAGGAUCUUGUUAUUCCCCUUGAACCCUGUGUCCUUCGGCUCGCCACGCGGUUUUUGGCAUGUGAGCUGUUGCUCCGAGGAGAACACGAAACUUACCUAUUUGUCACGGGAGAUUGUAAUAGAUAUUAGUUUUGAACAGAUAUGAUUGAGGAUUUCUCCGAUACGGAAAAAUACGAGGAGAUACGGAGAAAUAUUCUUCGCGUGGGGUAAACAACAUAUUUUCGUCCACCGCAUCAAAGAUCAAUUUCUAUCACCGUUGUUAUCGGUGCUUCGUCAACUCGGAACCCAGAGAGUGAAGUCAUUGAGAGAGAGAGAGAGAGAGAGAGGGGGAAAAAGAGACGCAUUAUUUACAGGACUGACUUGCUGUAAAUUUAAACAAUCAGAUUACGCUUGAGAUUUGUGCAAUACGACGCACAGAUCAUUGAUUCAUUCGUAGAUCUCGACGGCGAUAAUUGACGCCACGUUAUCGGGUUAUCACGACGUGAGAAGUGAGAAGCUGAUUUCGGAAGUCGCCCCACGACGCAAAAUGCUGUUUAGCAAUCCACUUGCUUGCACAAUCCGCCGUAUUUAAAGUAUAUGGUACGCUUCCCGAUGACAAAGACGACUACGGAGAUCGCGUGAGACGAGACGGAGGACGCGAAGGGCCCUUUUUCCUCGUCCACCGAGAGAGAUCGGCAUUCUUCUCCGCAAGAGACGCGCAGAGUAUACCACACGUUCUUCCACCUUCCUACUCCCCUUUUUACAGGAAGGAGCAAAAGUUAAUAGGCUGAGCAUCAGCCCCCCCGGGAAACGGCGCGUGUUCCUCAUUGGCUCGCGCCGCCGUUCGCGCCAUUCGAGCUUUGGAACGCGCAGUGGAACACAUUUUGUUACGGACAGACGUUUAUUCGGCCCCGAGGACGCACUGAACGGACGCUGGACACACUUCGCACGGGAUAUACACGCCCACGUGAGUAAGAUUGCAUCAUGGAAACGUCUUGCGAUAAAGAUACCAAGCAAUGCACCGGAGCAAUGUCUCGCCUGUCGAUGGAAAAGACGUCGAAAUGUACGAGGCCACGUAGCAAAGGUGAGAGCAGAGGGCAAAGCCUCACCGGUCUCAGUCACGAAUGCGGUGUUUUUGGAUGUAUCGCUGCUGGGGACUGGCCAUCGCACAUUGACGUCGGCCAAAUUAUCUGUUUAGGUCUUGUGGCCUUGCAACAUCGGGGGCAAGAGAGCGGCGGCAUCGUGACGAGCGAGGGGGUCUGUUCGAAGUCAUUCCACGUUCACAAGGGUAUGGGAAUGAUCAAUAGUAUCUUCAACGAUGAAAAUAUGAAAAAGCUCAAAGGGAAUCUCGGAAUUGGUCAUACCAGAUACAGCACGAGCGCAGCUAGCGAAGAAGUCAACUGCCAGCCAUUCGUGGUCCACACUGCGCAUGGUGCGUUGGCAGUGGCUCACAAUGGAGAGUUAGUAAAUACAGAGUCACUGCGAAAAAUGGUGUUAGGCCGAGGGGUCGGCCUGUCGACGCACUCGGAUUCCGAAUUGAUAACACAAGCGCUCUGCUUGAAUCCACCGGAGGGUGAGGUCAACGGGCCGGAUUGGCCCGCGCGUAUCAAGCAUCUUAUGCAAUUGGCACCGUUAUCGUACUCCCUGGUUAUCAUGCACAGGGACAAAAUUUACGGUGUGCGAGAUCCCUACGGGAAUCGACCUCUCUGCCUGGGCAAGAUCGUGCCGAUCGGCAACUUGGCGAGUAACGAAUCCGAUGACGACGACGAGGCCGAAGGCUGGGUGAUUUCGUCGGAAUCCUGCGGAUUCUUGAGCAUCGGCGCGAGAUACGUCCGCGAGGUGUUCCCCGGUGAGAUAGUAGAACUGACCCGAGAGGGCAUCAAGACCAUCGACAUAGUGGAGAGGCCGAACAAAAGACCGCAGGCCUUUUGCAUAUUCGAGUAUGUUUACUUCGCGCGGAGCGAUAGUAUCUUUGAAGGACAAAUGGUGUACUCGGUGCGUAUGCAAUGCGGACGAGUACUGGCGAUGGAAUCACCGGUGGAAGCUGACAUCGUGAGCUCCGUGCCGGAAUCGGGGACCGCGGCGGCACACGGCUACGCCAGACAGUCGAAGAUCAACUUCGCGGAGGUGCUCUGCAAGAACAGAUACGUCGGACGAACGUUUAUUCAGCCGAGCACACGGUUGCGCCAGCUCGGUGUGGCCAAGAAGUUUGGGGCUUUGUCGGAGAACGUGAAGGGGAAAAGAAUCAUCCUCGUAGACGACUCCAUCGUCAGAGGGAACACGAUCGGCCCGAUCAUCAAGUUACUACGCGACGCCGGCGCCAAAGAGGUCCAUGUUAGAAUAGCGUCCCCACCGCUCAAGUAUCCGUGUUACAUGGGCAUCAAUAUCCCGACGAGGGAGGAGCUGAUCGCGAACAAGCUCGACAAUGUAAAGCUAGCCAAGCACGUGGGGGCGAAUAGUUUGACGUACCUCUCCGUGGAGGGGCUCGUCGAAGCGGUGAGGUAUCGUAUGGACAAUCGCGAGAGCAACUACAUCGGCCAUUGCACCGCCUGCUUGACGGGAGAGUAUCCUGACGAGUUCCCCGGCGACCUCGACUGGUGAAGCAGACGACAUGUGACGUCGAUUCUAGAAAUAAACGAAACGCAACAUGAACAGAACGUAAUUCAGAUAGGCAAACGGACGGACAGACUGAGAGGUU